UAGUCAAACAAAUCAUUCGUUUCAAUCAUUUCAUUCGGUGUGUAACUCGUGGUGAAAGCGGUCGCUAGUGGCGCGGAAAAAGCUUAUUAUAUUUUAAUACCACAUAUUGUUAAAUAUACUGUGAUUUGACGGUUUGCAUAAUUACUGCAGUUCUCUAAAAGAUGUCUCGCUAUCGGGAAUGGGAUCUUUCCUGCAAAGUGUACGUGGGAAACCUCGGCACUAACGCUUCAAAGUACGAAAUUGAAAAAGUAUUUUCUAAAUACGGAAAUAUAAGAAACGUGUGGGUGGCAAGGAAUCCUCCCGGAUUUGCUUUUGUCGAGUUCGAAGAUCCACGUGAUGCAGAAGAUGCGGUGCGAGGACUAGAUGGAACACGCUGUUGUGGAACACGCAUUCGCGUUGAAAUGUCGAAUGGCCGUACAAGAAGAGAUCGUCGCUAUUCUAGGUCCAUUUUAUCAACCAACCACCAACACACCAACGACCUCACCACAUCUCUUCACCACAACUACGGCUCGUUUGCCAAUAAGACAUCCGCGAACGCCGCUCGCAACAUCCCGCUCAACUUCUACGAUCGGCUCUCCAAACUUCUACGCGCAACCGAAGUCUUCGUCUGCGUCCCUAUAACUAUCCUCUUAACAGCCAUCACCUAAUCCCAUAUGUCCUUUAUACCUGGACCUGAAAUUAUAAAAUGUUGACGAGAGCCACACAAGUAUAGGAACCUUCCUGAAAUGACCUCAUCCUGAAUCCUGAUGCUUCACCGACUGCACACACAACGUCACCGAGGCACCGUGCUAGAAAUACCACCCCGGCGAUCAGCUCUCCCGUGUCACCACAAUUUGUUGUUGAAACUUCCGAUUAAAGUCAUCGCAACGGAAGAUAACAUUGAAAACUACCCUUCGCCUCGGUAUUCAAGUAAAAUCCCUUCGGCCUCACAGCAGCCCUACAACGGUCAACUUUCUUCGCAGGCUCACCAAGUCUCGGUCCCGCAGCCGCAGUCCGAGACGUCGUUCAUACUCGCGCGGAAGAUCGGUAUCGCCGCGCCGUUCGCCCUCUGUGCGUCGCCGCUCGCCAUCAGUGCGCCGCUCACGUUCUCGUGACCGACGAAGCCGCUCUGACAGC